AUGUCCUCGCCCGAGGAAGACUACAACGAUGACUUCGGCCAGAACGCCAAGAAACGCAGGAUCCAGCGCGCCUGCGACAUGUGUCGCCGCAAGAAAAGCGAUGCCGCUCAGAUGGCCGGCAACCGGUGUUCAAACUGUGUAUCCUACCGAUUGGAGUGCACCUAUGUCGAGGCUGCAAAGAAGCGCGGACCUCCGAAGGGUUACGUCGAGAGCCUCGAAACCCGCCUCGAGAAGAUGGAGAACUUGCUGAACAAGCUGUGCCCUAACGCCGACUUCUCCAAAGAGCUCGGUGGCUCUUUCGACCGCGAUGGGUGGACUACCGACCGCGGUGACGCUCUCGGCGGUUCGGGAUUUAGCAUCCCCACCACGCCCGGCCCCGGGACCAUCAGCUCUCCUCCAGCGCUAUCGUCCUCGGCGGGCACACCCUCGCACGAGGCGGACGAGUUCGACCCGUCGGACGACGAGAUCGUCGCCCAGCGUACCAUCGUUCAGAACCUGAAGAAGAUGAGCGUGAACCCGAGCUCAAUGCGUUAUCACGGCAAGUCAAGCAGUCUCCUAUUCAUACAGACGGCCAUGGACCUCAAACACGAAUACGCGGGCGUCGAAAUGCCAAAUUCCUUCGAUCCCGAUGCUCCUCCCGCAUUUCUCCGCAGGCGUCAACAGUACUGGUCUUUGCACCCCUGGCUCACCUCCAACGUGCAAGACGAACACUCACCGCACAAAGACUUCCCACCCGCCGAUCUAUUAGCGACCUUGGUGGACCUCUACUUUACGAACGUGAACGACUACAUGCCGCUCCUACAUCGACCUACGCUUGAGCAGGGGAUCCGUGAGGGCAUGCAUCUACACGACGAGGGCUUCGGCUCCACGGUCUUGCUUGUGUGCGCGAACGGCUCGCGCUUCACGGACGACCCCCGCGUACUGCUCGACGGAAACGAGAUUCCCCAGAGCGCGGGCUGGAAGUGGUUCCAGCAGGUGCAGAUGGUACGCAAGAGCCUGCUUGCGCCUCCCCGACUGUACGACCUCCAGAUCUACGCGCUUACUGCGGAGUUUCUGCAAGGCACGUCCGCGCCGCAGGCGUGCUGGACGAUUAUCGGGAUCGGGAUCCGCAUGGCGCAAGACGUUGGCGCCCACCGCAAGAAAGUCUACUCGUCGACGCCGACGAUCGAGGAAGAGCUCUGGCGGCGCGCGUUCUGGUCGCUCGUUGCGAUGGACCGCACGACGUCCUUCUCGCUAGGCCGCCCGUGCGCGAUUCAAGACGAAGACUUCGACGCGGACCUCCCGACGGAGUGCGACGACGAGUACUGGGUGGCGAGCGACGCUGGUCCGGCGUUUAAGCAGCCGCCAGGGACGCCGUCAAAGAUCACCUUUUUCAACUGCUUCGUGCGCUUGCACCAGAUCCUCGCAUUCGCGAUGCGCACCAUUUACUCGAUCAACAAGAGCAAGGCGCUAUUGGGCUUCGUCGGCCAGCAGUGGGAACAGCACAUCGUCGCUGAGCUCGACUCCGCGUUGAACAAGUGGAUCGAUUCCGUGCCUGAUCACCUCCGCUGGGAUCCGACGCGCGAAAACGUCCUGUUCCUCAACCAGUCCGCCGUCCUCUUCGCCCACUACUACCAGCUCCAGAUCGCGGUGCACAGGCCGUUCAUCCCAUCCCCGCGCAAACCGUCCCCACUGUCGUUCCCCUCGCUCGCCAUCUGUACCAAUGCCGCGCGCUCGUGCAUCCACGUCUUGGACAUUCAGCACGGGCGCUCAGGCAAGCCGAUAUGGUUCUGUCAGAUGGCGCUCUUCACCGCCGGUAUCGUUCUGCUGCUCAACAUCUGGGGCGGCAAGCGCUCCGGACUCUCGACCGACCCGGCGAAGGAGAUGGCGGACGUGCACAAGUGCAUGAAGAUGCUUCGCAUACUCGAGCCGCAAUGGCACACCGCCGGCAGGCUAUGGGACAUCCUCUAUGAGCUCGCCUCGGUCGGCGACCUCCCGCUCCCGCAGGCGUCGCCCGCGCCGAGCCAGAAGCGCGAACGCGACUCGGACACGCCCAUGUCCACGUCAGCCACCCCCUUGAACGCGGUCUCGCCACCGCCGCCGCCGCCGCCGCUGCCGCCGCCGGCGAACGCGGCCACGCCCCCGGUACCACUGAGCACGCUGUGGUCGAGCACGCGCCGGCAGAAGGACGGGCCGUCGCUCGCAGCGCAGACGUUCGCGGCGCCCGUCUCCGCUCGCGCGUCCGCGGCGGCGCCGAGCUCGGAGGCGGGCUCGAGCGCGUUCACGCUCCCGCUGCACACGGAGGAGCUCGGGCGGAUGCCGCUCCACCCUGGCUUCUCGGGGACGUACACGUCCAAUUGGCAUCAGCAUCAACACCAGCAGCAGCAGCAGCAGCAACAACGACAGCAGCAACAACAACAACAGGCACACGUCCCGUUCGACCCGCGCAUGGUCACGAUGUACACCUCGAGCGGGUUCGCGGACAUGUUCGGCGGCGGGGAGCCGUCCGCGUUCGCGUCCGGGACGCCCGCAGGUGCGGGCAGCGGGGUCGGUCCGGACAUGCAGGCGAUGGCCGCCGCGGGCGCAGGAGCUGGGGCGCCGCCGGAGAUGACGUCGGAGGAGCUCGCGUUCGCGAACGGGACGCUUGCGAUGUGGUCCUCGGCGCCGCAUUCGUUCGAGUGGGAUGAUUGGGGGACGUACAUCAACAGCGUGAGCGGGAUGCAGAACCCGGGCGCGGUGGGGCCGCAUGCACAUGGUGGGCCCGGUUCGUGA